AUGAAGCUCCAAAUACUCACGACCCUCAUUCCGGCCUUGGUGCCUUUGAUCCAUGCUGCGCCUGCUCGUAGGGACACAGAGAACCCAGGACUUCGAGGCAGCGAAUCACUCCUCGGAUAUUCGUCAUCCAACAAGGGCGGUGGCAGCUCUCCACCCGAUAUCAAAUAUACACUGCUUCCAGGGCAGAAGGAAGAUCCCAAAAUCGGGUCAUAUCUCGAUUUUGAGAAAGCCGACAAUCCCCAGCCGAUCCGUGGUUCCACAGGUUCCGAUGACCCCGGCCCGAGGAACUAUAACUAUGAUAGGAUCAACAGUGAUAAGCUUGCGCCACCGGGGACUGAUCAUGGUCAGACGAUUAAUGCGCAAUGGCCGAUGGGUAAGUUCGAUUAUCUCGUAGGUGAAUCACAGCUUGGGCAGGAUGGAGCUGGUUGGGCUCGCCAAGAAAACGUGAAUGUGAUGCCGGAUGCGACGCUGAUGGCGGGCGUGGAUAUGCGCCUGGAGCCAGCCGGGUAUCGCGAGCUUCAUUGGCAUGUUGCGGCCGAGUGGUCUCUUGUGCUGAAUGGAUCUUGUAGAAUUCAGGCCGUGAAUGAGAAUGGAGAGACAUUCAUCGAUGACGUGGUUGCGGGAGAUGUGUGGUUUUUCCCACCUGGCAUUCCUCAUUCCAUUCAAGCUCUCGAUGAUGGAGUUGAGUUCCUGCUUGUGUUCGAUGAUGGUGACUUCAGCGAGGACAACACAUUCCUGGCCAGCGAAGUCUUCCUUCACACUCCCAAGGAGGUCCUGUCAAAGAAUUUCGGGUUAGAUGUGUCAGCCUUUGAUAAAAUCCCUGAAGACGAGCUGUAUAUCUUCAAGGGUACACCGGCACCCGCGGACAUCGAGAAGCAAAACGUGAAGACCUCAGCUGGACUUGUGCCACGGACUGAGAGCUACUCCUACCACUUCUCCGAGCAACCCGCCCACGAAGUGGCGGGUGGCUCAGUCAAAAUCGUCGACCCGCUCACUUUCCCCAUUGCCUCCAACUUCUCUGCAGCUGUCGUGACUGUUCACCCAGGUGGUAUGCGUGAGGUUCACUGGCAUCCCACGAGUGACGAGUGGACAUUUUUCAUUUCGGGUCAGGGCCGCGCGACCUUGUUCACCGCACCAAAUGCCGCAACCACCUUCGAUUACCGCGGAGGUGAUGUAGGCUAUUUCCCGAAGUCAAACAGCCACUAUAUUGAGAACACUGGCGAUGAAGAUUUGGUCUUUGUCGAGGUGCUCCAAGCUCCCUCAUUCACAGAUAUGUCUCUUGGUCAAUGGAUCGGGUCUACUCCCAAGCAAAUUAUCGCAGACACAUUGAACCUGAGUAACGAUACUCUCAGCAAGCUGAAGCCAGAGAAGCAGUAUGUGGUUGCUGGUAAAAGUACUUAA